CAUUGCUUUUCAGAGUAACUGAACUUUUCCCAAGAUGUCCAGCCAGCAAACCCAGCAGAAAUGUCAGCUCCCUGCCAAGUGUCUUCCCAAGUGUCCACCGAAGUGCCUCGCUCAGGCCCCUCAGGCCCCACAGGCCCUGGCCCCCUGCCCAGCUCCCUGCCCCCCACCUGUCCCCUCCUGCUCUGUCCACAGUUGCUGUACCACUGGCUUCAGAAACUGCUGCUCUCUGGGGUCUCAUCGGUUUCCGGAUGUCUGUCUAGGCCCACUUCAGCCUUCCAACUGUUGGGAGAGGGAGUCCUCUGGGUGUUCCAGUUGUUGCCAUGGAUUUGGGGGCUGCAGCUUUUGAUGAGCUUUGGUUCAUCCAUAGCCAAGGCUGAGCCUGGAGUUGACGACAUUCCUCACUCGCACCUUGUUUUCAUUCUCCUCCUGAACUAAGAUGCCUAGAUGUGUACUUAAAGAAUUCCUCUUUUUGCUAAAAACUUCAGACCUCUUGGCCUUGGCUCUUUCCUACAUCAAUACCUGAAUGCUACAAAAAAACUCUGCUUCCCAAAGCCUUAUCAACAUGUAAAAAUAAAGCCUAUCUUUCCUGGCA